AUGUAUUUAGGGGACGAAUUUCCAAACUUCACAGCAAAUACCACUGCAGGAAAGAUUGAUUUCCACGAUUGGAUAGGACAGUCAUGGGCUAUCCUGUUUUCUCAUCCUUCGGACUUUACACCUGUCUGCACAACAGAGCUGGCUCGUGUUGUCAAGCUAAUGCCAGAGUUUAAAAAGCGCAAUGUGAAAGUCAUUGGAAUAUCUUGUGAUUCUCUUACAUCACAUUUCUUGUGGUGCAGGGACAUCAGAAGUUAUGCAGGCUGCACACUAGAUGAAUCAUUUCCAUAUCCAAUUAUUGAAGACGAGGAUCGUAUAAUUGCCAAAACAUUGAACAUGUUAGAUAAAGAUGAGAUGGAUUCUAAAGGAAUGCCCUUAAGUGCUAGAGCUGUAUUCAUCAUAGAUCCGCAAAAGAAAUACAGGCUGUCUAUUCUCUAUCCUGCUACCACUGGAAGAAAUUUUGAUGAAAUUCUUCGCGUGAUAGACUCUCUGCAGCUGACUGACAAGCAUCGAGUAGCCACCCCCGUUGACUGGAAGAUGGGUGAUGAUUGUAUGGUGCUUCCAACGGUGUCAGACGAAGACCUGAAGAAAUCCUUCCCCCAAGUAAAGGUUGUGCAAGUUCCAUCCGGAAAACAAUAUCUACGCAAGACGCCUUGUCCAAAAAUGUAA